CUAGCACUAGCGACUCGUCUUGACAAUCUAUGGGCUCACCAUUAUCGAAAAUCUCCUAUCGUGCGCAGGUAGCCUACCAUGGGAAGGAACCGGCAUCAUCACACUCGUGCAACUCACUAUGACCAGCGGCAGACUCGCGAUGCCAAUGAAUACGACGAAUCCAAGCGUCGCAAGAUGAUCCGCUGGAUUAGAUUGCGUUUCGGCUACCAGGGACCGGAACUUGAUUCGCGUCCGCAUGACAGCAGUAGUCUGAGCAAAAGUGGUCGAUCCAGUGGCCGCUCCGGUGGCAACAACAGCUUUGCAUCGCCGUACGGUAGUCUUCAAUACACACCAUCGUACCGAAUGGACUACCAUACGCACGUACUUAUCGUGGGUGGUGGAAUUGGUGGACUCUGUCUCGCUCAAGGUCUGAAGAAACACGGCAUCCCUUUCACUGUGUUCGAACGAGACCCGUCGCCAAAUUAUCGAACACAAGGCUAUCGCGUUCGAAUUAACCACGACGGGUACGAAGCACUAAAAACCAACCUCUCACCUGAAAACUUCGAGGUGUUUCUUCGAGCUACGGGUCAUUUCCAGCCCGGCUUCAAGUACCUGGACGCCGAAACGGGAGGAGACGCACCUCCGAAUGCCCAAUUCUCACACAAAUCCAACGUUACCAAGAACGUUUUCAGUGCGGAUCGAGCAAUGCUGCGUUCUCUUUUGCUCACGGAUCUUAAUGAGGACGAGAUCCAGUACGGAAUGUCCUUUAAAAGCUUUCACGUACUACCGAACGGACGUGUCGAGGUCACGUUUGAGAAUGGCAAGAUUGUAGAGGGCAGUGUACUUGUCGGAGCUGAUGGAACCACGUCGCGUGUUCGUCGACAGUAUGUGCCUGGUGCAGCGACGCUGCUUGACACGGAUAGUGGCGCCAUUUACGGUAAAACCUUACUAACACCGGAGAUUGAAAGCUUCUUCGAAACAGAGAGCACUACUAUGGUUAUCAGUAAGGAUCCCAUGAUGAGUCUCGUGAUGGAACCGCGCUGUAAAAUCCAAGCAGACCUCAAGGAGUUCGCUGCAAUUUCGAACUCAGAGCUACCAGAUCUACAGAACUACAUCUGCUGGGUGCUUAUCGCUCGUGCGCAGUAUUUCCACAGGAAUGAAGACACUACUGUUCAAGAUCUUUUCUCCAUGACACCGACAGAAGUUGCCAACUUGUCGAACGAUAUGACACGCGACUGGUGUCCUCAAAUCCGCGCUAUCUUCGAAAACCAAUCGCCCGAAUGGAGUUCUUUCCUACGUAUCUCGACCAUGUCUCCGGACAUUCGCCAUUGGCAGCCAUCGACCGUCACGCUCAUUGGCGACGCUGUCCACACGAUGGCACCUGCUGGAAUCGGCUGCAACACUGCGUUGCAUGAUGCUGAGAUGCUGGUCAAGUGUUUCUAUGAGAUGGGAGUUGGCGUGGAUGCCAUCGCGCAGUACGAGCACAACAUGCGUCAGUAUGGAUCCGAGGGCAUCACAAUCAGUUUGGACGCCGGCAAAAUGAUGUACAACCUUCCUGGAGUGGAGGACAUGCGCGCCGUCGUGUAUUGAUACUGAUAAAGUAUCACGCAGCUUGCACGUUAGAUUUCUUAGAAACUACCUUGCAUACUUUAAAAAAAAAUACACCGAUGUAAACAUCCAUA